AUGGUCCAAUUCAAAAGCAUCCUGCUAUUCAGUCUCAUCGGCGCAGCUGUUUCCGCCUUUCCACCUUCGAAACUUCCUGGAUGCGGAGAGCUCGACAUCAUCUUCACUGGCUUGCCUCCGUAUCACCCUCUCGUCAUUCAGCAGGGAUUCAAUGCCUCCGCUGUCGAUGCAGGUCUGAGGCACGAUGCUGCAGAUAUCGUGAAAGCUGGCUAUAACCUCCGAGGUGUCGUUCUUAUGGGUCCAGAGCAGGACAUCAACGUUCUCGCCAAGCAGACGAACGGUGUCCGCUGGGAUGGUACAGGAAUCGGCUAUGGCGUACGAGGUUCGCACCUCGAAGAUCUGACUGUUCGCUUCGGCGACAUCGUCCAGCUGUACCGCGACAAAGCUCCACAAGCUCCGAUCCUCUUCGACUAUUCACCCGUCACGGCCCUUUGGGCGAUACAGAGACGCUUCCCUCUGUCGAGCAACUGCACAAAAUCCCCAGGAAAAGACCUCGGAUUCGAGGUCUUUUGCGACGUAUGCGCAAGCUGA